CAGCCCCCACUUCUGGGCAGCCCUUCCUACACCCGCACUACUGGUGUGUGUAUGUGAGUGUGCUCUUGUGUGUGUUUGGGAAGGGGGGUGCUCCAGAAAAAACCAAUCCCAUCCCUCUGCCCUGUGCUGCUGGGAGCUCAGCUUGGUUCUCACUUCCUUCUGAUGACAUAAAUGACUAUGGCCUGAUGGCACCAGUCAUCCUUUGAGUGAGGAGCCAGGAGGUCUGAGUAUUAGUCGACCUGAGUAUUGAGGAGCCUUGAGAACCACUGUCUCCAGGACCCAGCCCCCACCUACCCACAUCAAAUGUGGUUGCAUAGAUGAUGCCCCUCUCUCCAGCUCUGAGUCCUGCAGUCAAAGCAUUCAGUGCUUUGUCCUGGGCGGAGGGAGACUUAGAUGGGGCUGAGGCUCCCACACCACCCCCCUCUGGAUAACACUCUAUGGCCUAUUCCCAGGAGCCCUUCCCCACUGGGGCCAGUCCACCCCGGAACCAGGGAGUGCUGUGUGGCCACAUGAACCCCCAAUGGACCCCCUAACACCUCUCCCUUGUCUCUUUCAUCUCCAGUCUCCCACCGGCAGAGCAGAAAUAAACUUUCCUGGCUAAGUUAGAUGGAUGGUCCCCAUUAGCCCGGAAGGCGGGGCCCCUCCUCCUGCCUCCCCACCCAUUCCCCUCGUCAAGGGAGGGGCCUCGGUGUGCGGGGGAGGCUGGGGAGCGAGAGCCCUUGGGUGGGGGUUGGGAGCGCCCUGCCCCUGGAGCUGGAAUGGUGCCCCCCGGGAAGAAACCAGCCGGAGAGGCUUCCAACUCCAACAAGAAGUGCAAGAGGUACUUCAACGAGCACUGGAAAGAGGAGUUCACCUGGCUGGACUUCGACUACGAGCGGAAGCUGAUGUUUUGCCUCGAGUGCCGCCAAGCCCUGGUGCGGAACAAGCAUGGCAAAGCGGAGAACGCCUUCACCGUGGGCACCGACAACUUCCAGCGCCACGCCCUGCUGCGUCACGUGACCUCGGGAGCCCACCGCCAGGCUCUGGCCGUCAACCGGGGCCAGCCCCCUUUUGAGGGCCCGGCAGAGGGGGGCGGGGCCUGCCCGGGCCGGGCGACCACCCCCACCCCCAGGGGCGUCAAGGUGGAAGCAGACCCCGCCAAAGUGGCGGUGCUGACCACGGUGUACUGCAUGGCCAAGGAGGACGUGCCGGACGACCGCUGCGCUGCCCUGCUCGAGCUGCAGAGGUUCAACCUGUGCCAGGCGCUGCUGGGCAUGGAGCACAGCAAUUACUACAGCCCCAGGAGGGUGAGGGACAUGCAGGUGGCCAUUGCCAGUGUCUUGCACGCAGAGGCCUGCCAGCGCCUGAAGGCAUCCCCGUAUGUGGGGCUGGUGUUGGAUGAGACCAGGGACUGGCCCGAGUCCCACAGUCUGGCCUUGUUCGCCACUUCAGUGUCCCCCUGCGAUGGCCAGCCUGCCACUACCUUCCUGGGCAGUGUGGAGCUGCAGGAAGGCGAAGCCACUGCUGGCCAACUCCUGGACAUCCUGCAGGCUUUCGGCGUGUGUGCAUCCAAGCUGGCCUGGCUCAGCUCAAGCCUCUCCAGUGACCGCCUGGGGAGUGUGGGCCCACAGCUCCGGGCCGCCUGCCCGCUGCUCACUGAGCUACACUGCCUCCCAGGCCGGACAGAUCCCAAGCCCCCUGCCUACCUGGGUGAAUAUGAAAGCGUACUGGAUGCCCUAUUCCGCCUCCACGGUGGCCCCACUUCCCACGUGGUCCCUGAGCUCCGGGCGGCAUUGGACCUUGCAGCUAUUGACUUGGCAGGACCACGGCCAGUGCCCUGGGCUUCCCUGCUGCCUGUGGUGGAAGCAGUGGCUGAGGCGUGGCCUUGCCUGGUACUCACAUUGGAGGCCUCUGCUCCAGCCUCGCCUACAGCCAGGGCACUGGCCCUUGCCCUGCGCCAGUUCACCUUCGUGGCCUUCACCCACCUCCUGCUGGAUGCCCUGCCCUCUGUGCAGGAGCUCACCCUUGUCCUGCAGGCAGAAGAGCCAGACUUGGCCUUGCUGCAGCCUCUGGUGAUGGCAGCCGCAGCCUCGCUCCAAGCACAGCACAGCUCAGGUGGGGCUCGCCUCCAGGGCUUCCUGCGGGAACUGGCUUCCUCUAGUCCUGACUCAAGCCACGGGCACUGCACGUACCGCGGCGUGGAGCUGAUCGGCUACUCGGAGGUUGCGGUCCAGGGCUUGGAGAGGCUGCGGGGAGCCUUCCUGGACUCCAUGCGGAGGGGGCUGCGGGACUCCUACCCUGGGUCCUCGCUGGACGCCGUGGCCGCCUUCGCAGCGAUCUUCGACCCCCGCCGCUACCCACAGGCCCCCGAGGAGCUGGGCACGCACGGCGAGGGGGCGCUGCGGGUCCUGCUGCGCGCUUUCGCCCCCGCAGUGGUGCGCCAGCGGGCACUGGGCGACUUCGCGCUGUUCAAGCGCGUGGUAUGCAGCCUGGGGAGGCUGGGCCCGCGGGCCCUGUGCGCCAAGCUGGCUUGUGCGAGCUCAGAACUGCACGAGCUCUUCCCCGACUUCGCCGCCCUCGCCGCCCUGGCCUUAGCGCUGCCGGUGGGCGCGGGCCUCCUGGACAAGGUCGGCCGCAGCCGGGAGCUGCGGUGGUGGGGCCCAGGCGGGGCUGGAGAAGGCCGGGGCGGCCCCGCGGUGAAGAUCGCGGUGGAUGGGCCGCCGCUGCAGGAGUUUGACUUUGCACUGGCGGUGGAGUUCCUAGAGAGUGGGUGGGAUGAGGGGCUCCUGGGCUCGCAGCUCCCGUGAGGGUGGCCUCCUCUCCUCUGUCCAGCCAGCCUGGGGCCCUGGGCAAGGGCCCAGCUGGACCUGACAUGCUGCACCCUAGCUGACCUGCUAACUGUGGCCUCCCACUCACCUUCCCUGUGCUGCUUCUGCUCCAGGCUGAGCACCCACUCCGGCCGCUGUGGAGGAGGGGCUGGGUCAGGGAGCUAGGGCCCGUGGGCAGAGGUGCCAGGGUCUGAAGCACCCUAAAUACCACUCCUGACCUUCCCAGAGUUUGGUGGAGAGUAUCUCACCCUUUCCCCUCUGAACGCAGCCCAAGUUUUGGCUCUCGAAAAGCUGAGGGGUCUUGGUUGGAGAGAGGAAGGCUGGGUCUCGGCAGUUGAGGGGUUGAAGAAAGGAGAAUGGGCCCCUGCCUGUUGGCCCCAUUCCUAACAGCGUCUCUCCUCUUCCGAGAUGACUGGAGAGCAGACGACUGUCCUUGUUUUGGACACACAGCACAGCACCCUCUCUGUGCACAAGCUAACAGUUCAAGGGAGGUAGCGGUGCCUUCCCCACCAACAGGCUGCCUGAGGCUUUUCUGUAGAUGGCCCUGUAUGUAGACAUAUGUAUCUAUAAAUGUAAAAUACAUCCAGCCCAUCUUUCAGAGUGUUAACACACAAAAUCUAAAAGGACUUCUUUUGGUGUUGCAGUGACAGGGUCCUCGAAAGUCCCGAAUGGUCUGAAUUUAUUUCUCAUUUUUUUCUUCCUCGAAGUCUGGUUGCUCUCCAAGUUCCUAGACUUGCCCUGCCCUCGCUUCAGACCCUUGAGACCAAAGACUAUAAAAACCACUGUGCUGGACCGGCUGCCUCGGGGUCCAGCCUCAGGCCUGACCCAGGGAUGUUGGAGGGCUCUUUGCCUCCUGGGGGAAGCGGCAGGGGGCCUGACCUGGGCUGGGGGAUGCAGCCCUUCAGAUUCUAAUGGGUUUCCUGUCACUGCUGUCAGCCCUUGCUGUGAACGACCUGGGGAUCUGUAGCCAGUAGGUAGUGAGAGGCGUGGGGGCUGGCCUUUCCCCAGGCCUCCCGGGUCUGGGUUUAAUUUGCAAUAAAGUGGAAACCCAGUGCGA